GUUCGCCAUAAAAAAUUGAUAUUUUCAUUAUUUUACAUUAAAUAAAAUAUUAAUAUUAGGUUUAAAAUACCAUUAAUAUAACUAAUUAAGAACAAAAAUGAAAGCAUGUCGAUUUUGCCUUCAAACCGAUGGAAUAUUAUGCGAAUUACAAAACUCGGACGCUCAAAAUUUUAUUGAAGAAAUAUUUAAACAAAAUGGAUAUCAAGGCUUCAUUUCAAGUAACUACGUAUGUUGUAUGUGCAAGUUUCUAUUGAAUAAAAGUUACAAAUUCGUAAAAAAAGCACUGAGAGCUCAACAAAUACUAAAAGAUAUAUUGGAGAAUAAUAAUGAUAUUACAAAUGCAUCCCUAAAAAAGAUAAACAGACACAAAUUAGAGCUAGACGAAAACCUUGUCUGUCAAGAAAAUUCCGUAAACUAUUGCUUUUGGGAAGAGAACGAUGGUAAAGCCAAAACUAACUUCAGCGUAGAGGCAAUGGAGAAUGUGUGCAUUACGAAAAAGGAAGACGUAUACGGCAGUGAAACGUUCUUAACACCCAUAGAUUAUUAUCCAGAAGCUGUGUACGGAAGUGAAAAUGAACAAGUCCAUGAUUUCGGACUUAUCAAACAAGAAAACGUACACAAAAUAGAAAUUAAAAUAGACGUCCAAAAUAUACAAAGUGAGAAUCUUGAUAAUGACGACGAUACAAAAGUCAAAAUAGAUACAGAUGAUUACGAUGAAAAACCCUCAUUUAAUAACAGUGACGAUGAUUCUGAUGAUAAAGAAAUUCUACGAGACGUUCUUACUAGAAAAUGUAAAAAGGAAGUUCCUGCUACAAAAAACAAAAAGAGAAAACCUGCAAAACCUAAGCAAAAGAGAAUCAAGAAAGAAAAACGCGAUUAUAGGAAAUACCCCAUGAAAUGUGAUGAUUGUGAUCACAUGGUGCAGUCCAAGAUGGAGCACUUCCACCAUUACCUGGCGUUCCACAAGGACCGCCAGUACCCGUACCGGCGGGAAGGCACCUACAUGUGCCAGCACUGCGGUAUUGUUAAGACGAGCCUAAUCCGUCAAUAA